CUCAGAAGACACAGUUGGAAAUGGGAAUCCUAAAUUUGAGAUUGUAGAUGCACAUCAAAACUUUUCUACUGAACUAAAGCUAAAGAAUUUUGUAGGUUUCUACUCUAGAUUGAAAGAUGAAGCAUGAUUUUUCAUACUUGACCAUCUUGAUGAUCUCAAGAAAGCCAAGAAGGAUGCUGCUCUUUCUAGUGAUGAAGUAAAGGUUAUGUGGCCUUUGAUGAGGAAAUUCAGCCAAUGGAGCUAUAUGUGGAUGAUGAGGCCAAGUUGACCCUGCAUGGUCUCGUACAGCACUGCAUUAAACUGAGCGAGUUGGAGAAAAACUGCAAGUUGAAUGACCUCCUAAAUGCAUCGGAUUUUAAUCAAGUCGUCAUUUUCGUUAAAAGUGUGAGCAGAGCAGCUGAGCUGAACAAGCUACUCGUGGAGUGUAAUUUCCCAUCUAUCUGCAUCCAUUCUGGAAUGUCCCAGGAGGAAAGGGGGAGCGUGAGGCGUACUAAAGAAAAAAAAAGUUACUUUCUUGCUAGUGAAUACUCUACUUUCUCGUUUGUACUUCUGAUUGAUAUGUAAUAUUUUUUCCUUAUGCAUUUGUAUUUGUGUUCUGAUGUACCGCACAUGGACAUGUGUCGCAUUUGGUUUCUAGAUCCACUUGUGGUGGGGCAUAUGGGUGACACUAUAUUUUUAAACAGGAUCCAUGCGUGUGGCUUCUAGAUCCAUGCGUGUAUAAACCGGAUCACCCUAGUAGUGUGGCACUAUAUUUUUAAAAAUUUUGAAUCAAUGUAAUUCCGCCGUUGAUAGCAGUCAAUUUCUACUUUUGUCUCGUACAAAAGUGAAAUCUAUUACAGGGAAUGGUGGGAUUUCUUUGGGUCA